CUCACCGUUAAAAAAAAAAAAAAAAAGAUGGAUCAGCUACAAUCUGGACAAAUCCAAAUUGAGCUUGUGGUUGAAACACCCAUAGAGGUAAAACCAAAAUGUAAGCCUGAUGAUCAUGAUCAUGAUGAAAAUUCCAUGAUUAUCAAGGGGCGCACAGUAUUAAGGCCAAUCCUAACAAAAUUCCACGCGGGCUACUUUCGCAUAAGCCUAUCACUCUGCGGCCAAGCUUUGCUAUGGAAGAUCCUAAUGGAGCCAAACGACGACGUACACGCUUUGCGAAGCGUUUUCCGCGCGGUGCCCCCUACGGCCCUCAGCUUCCUAUGGUCACUAGCUCUCUUCACAUUGGCCUCGCAAUCGCUUCUCUACAUCCUCAGAUGUUUGUUUUAUUUUCAAAUGGUUAAGGGCGAGUUUUUGCACCACGUGGGAGUGAACUACCUUUUCGCUCCCUGGAUUUCCUGGCUCCUCUUGCUUCAAUCCUCGCCUUUCAUCACCCCCAACACUCUCUCCUACCAAGUGCUCUGGUGGGGGUUCGUCAUUCCGAUUGUGGUCCUUGACGUUAAGAUCUACGGCCAGUGGUUCACCAAGGGGAAGCGGUUUUUGUCGACGGUGGCUAACCCGACGAGCCAAGUUUCGGUGAUAGGAAACCUGGUGGCGGCGAGGGCGGCGGCGGAGAUGGGGUGGAAGGAGUGCGCGGUGUGCGUGUUUUCACUAGGAAUGGCUCAUUAUUUGGUUCUUUUUGUCACGCUCUAUCAGAGAUUAGCUGGGAGUAAUAGCCUUCCGGCGAUGUUGAGGCCGGUGUUUUUCCUGUUCUUUGGAGCUCCGAGUGUCGCAAGCUUUUCUUGGAGCUCUAUUUCCGGGGAGUUUGAUUCCGCGUCCAAGAUGCUUUUCUUCCUCUCCCUAUUCCUUUUCAUGUCCUUGGUUUCGAGACCUACAUUGUUCAAAAAAUCAAUGAGAAAGUUCAACAUGGCAUGGUGGGCAUACUCGUUUCCCUUGACGGUGUUGGCAUUAGCUGCCACAGAGUAUUCAGAGGAGGUGAAGAGUGGCGUAGCUCAUGCGUUAAUGCUAGUCUUGUCAGCUAUCUCAUUUUUGGUGUGUUUGAUCUUAAUAGUAAUCACUGCGCUGCAUUCAAACAUGUUUUUACCGGAGAGCAAUUCUCGUCCUCGUUCAACUACUCCUAAUAAGCGUAGUAGUACUAGACCUGUAUCAAGAUGUUAGUCAGCGUACGUAACAAUUUUAUGUUACGUACAUUAUAAUCAAUUAGCGCAUGUACAGAAUUUUUUAUUUUACAUGAGCUGGAAUUCAUUUUCUAUGAGAUUUACAUGAGUUCAUAUUAUAUAUAUAUAUAUAUAUAUGGUG